AUGCAAAUGACAGCUACACUAACAGAAGCCCUUCAAGAAUGGGAGAGUCACCAGAAAGAGUUCCAAGUGAUUCAGGAGAACCAUCAGCGUUACAUGCAGAAUCUCCAUGAGGUCUCUGAGAUGCAGAGUUGCAUCUCUGCCACCAUUGCUCAUCAGCGGAAGAGUCUGAAGGACUUCUUGCAGUCUCUGAAGACCAAAGGGUUAGCAGAAGAAGAAACAAAGCAUGUGGAAGAGAUAAAAGAACAUAUCCAGGAGAGACAAAGUAUCCUCUCUCAGAUGGAGGCUUUCCUUCCAAAGAAAAAUGGGAUAUAUCUCUGCCUCGUCCUCGGGAAUGUGAAUGUCAAUCUUCUAAGCAAACGAUUAAAGGCUGCCUACAAAGAUGAGUAUGAGAAAUUCAAGCUGUGCGUGACUGUAAUCCUGCUUUUGCUGGCUUUCACGUGUCGCUUUUUCGUCACCUACAGAUUUGUGGACGCACUCAUGAACUUCCUUCUGGUCUGGUACUACUGCACUUUAACAGUCCGUGAGAGCAUUCUCAUCAAUAACGGGUCCAGGAUCAAAGGCUGGUGGGUAGCUCAUCACUACAUCUCAGCUUUUCUUUCUGGGGUCAUACUGACUUGGCCCGAUGGUGAAUUGUACCAGAUGUUCAGGAGACAGUUUCUUUCUUUUUGCUUGUACCAAAGCUUUGUGCAGUUCCUGCAGUACUACUAUCAGAGUGGAUGUCUUUACAGACUCCGAGCACUAGGGGAGAGACACAACAUGGAUUUGACCGUAGAGGGGUUCCAGUCAUGGAUGUGGCGGGGUCUCACGUUUCUAUUGCCUUUCCUGUUCUUUGGUCACUUCUGGCAGCUUUAUAGCAGCAUCUACCUGCUCAGUAUGGCUCCUGUUCCUGGAUGUAAAGAGUGGCAGGUUUCUGUAUGUGGGCUUAGCUUCCUUGUUUUAUUCAUGGGCAAUUUUUUCACUACGAUCGCAGUGGUCCGACAUAAGCUGAAAAACACGAGCCUGAACCGGAGUAAGAGUCGCUGA